AUGGAAGAACGUAUUCGGAAGAUAGUCGUAGCUGUGGAUUGCGGAACGACACAUUCGGGCGUCGCCUGGAAGCACCCCGAAUCCGAGAACAACGUGCAUUUUGUCGACAAAUGGCCCGGGGGCACUCCAACGGACAUGCCAACCCGGGUACCGACCCGAAUUGCCUACCACGAUGACAAUCCCUCCCUUGACAAAGACAAGGCAUGGGGCUACGAGGUAGGCUCAGGUCAUGUAGCAGCUUCCUGGACAAAGCUGCUAUUGGAGCCUGGGGUUGAGAACAAAAUCAUCCUGCAUAGCGACAACGAUGGUUGGGUAAACUCGGUGGGCAUUUUUGCCCGGCCUGGAGGCAGAGAUCCGAGCCGUAUCGUUCAAGACUUCCUGGAAUUGCUCAGGAAGCACGCGGAAGCUCAGAUCAAGAAAAGGUGCACAGAUCUUCACCAUGCCAUAUUGCCCUUUGCCUAUGUUUUCACCGUCCCGGCCACGUGGUCGGAGACAGCCAUCACCGCUCUGAAGCAAGCUGCUAGCAGAGCAGGGUGUCACGGAGUUGAUGGCGAGGAAGAUCCUCUUAUCGUUUCCGAGCCAGAAGCCGCGCUCACGACCAUGAUUGGUGACCCUACUAUUGGCAUUAGGGCAGGAGAUGGAGUUGUUAUUUGCGACUGUGGAGGAGGUACCUUAGUACGUUUCUUUCAUGUUUUUAGGGAUACGAGCAACUUCUCAAAACAAGCAGACUUCCAGGGCGGCAGCACGGAAAUUGAUCGGAGGUUCUAUGCUGUGGUUUCGAAAGAUCACAUUAAGGGGUUCGGCGAGUUGAGGUGCUACGAAACUUCACCGACAAGCAUACUCAUGAGAAGUUUCGAGAAGGCCAAGCGUAGAUUCCAAGGCACAGUCGACGCAAGCCUUCAAAAUCUAGCUUACAGAAGGAGAGGGAAUAAAUGUUCCUUCCAGUUCACAAGUGUCGACAUGCUGAGACUUCAGUCCCCGGUGAUCACCAAGAUCUGCUUUGUCUUGGAAAACAAUAUAUCCCAAGGGCAUCGAGACUCCGGAGGGCCGAUCGUGAAGCACAUUUACCUUUCCGGCGCAAUGGCGCGGUCAAUUUACCUACGUAGCGCCAUUGAAAGACUUUUCGCGAAGUCGCAAAUAGAGAUCCACCAUCCGAGAUUUUCGCAAAAUGUGGUCGCCGGGGGUGCCGCCCUUUGGGCGUACAACCGCCUCCGCUUGGUGGAACUUCUACACCAUCAUUACGGGAUUGAGACCCCUGCUCCUCCUGACGGUGCCAUGGAACUUGACGGCAAUGAUCCCCCUGUUACCUGGGUCCUCAGGAGGAAUAUGCCAUAUCCAUUGGGUGAACCAAUUGGUGCAUCGCAAAGCACUGUAUUCCCCUGUCGAGUGUCACAAGAUUUUCCCUUCUCAGUCAUCAAAAUAUAUGACUCGGAUCAGGACGUUCUGCCAGAAACCGCUAAUCCGGAAGACGGUGUACGGAACAUCGGCCGUUUGUUCUGCGACUUUAGGAAAGCCCUGGCAACGAGUAAAGUGAAAGUUGGCGAGAUUGUUCAGAUCGAUGUUCGCUUCAUUGUUGAAAAUAGUAGAAUACAUGUGAAGGCAGAAUCUCCUGGCGCCCUCUUUGGAGAAACAAAGGACAUGGCAUCAAUCAGGAUGUUUGGACAGUCCUCACCAUUUCGGGCGAAUAAUGAUUAUUUGACGACUAGGUUCUUUGCUCCUAUCUUUGUUAUGUUGAAAAGUUUGUGCUCUAUUCCCGCCACUUCUUUGUUGCUUGUUGUCAUUUCCUUUGUAUGGAACCGAUGGUGGAUGGCAUUUCUCUCUUCAACUCUCGUGACUUUGAACUUUUCGGGGUUUUCCUUAUCUCCAAUGUUUAAUAUGAUCUGCUCUACCCAGAAUGGAAUUGGUACCUUGCGUGUUCGCUUAUUCAAGAUGGAUACAACACAAAUCACAAAUACCCCGGGCUCACAUUGGCUGCAGGGAGAUGUAAAGGAUGAAGUAUUCAGUUCGGCUGGUAAGAGUGCAGUUGCAGCAUCAUGGAGAGGGUUUACGGGUGCUGCUGUACAGGUUUCACUCGAAUACAUCACCGCUUUGUAG